UUAUUUAUUUGUUAUAGAAAUAUAGACUAUUUGUGUAGGAAGUUCAAAGAUUUACUUAUAGUAUUGUUACGAGCAAGCAGCGUGCUUUGUCGCCCGUCGAAAAGAGCACAACAUAAUAGUUCAAAGAAAGUUUGUACGGAUGAACUGGUUAAUUUCAAAUAUGUGUAGCACACUUAUCAGCAGUGACGAUCGUUUAAGUCAAGUUUUAUCGGCGAGUGGUAUAAAACAAGAGCCAUACAGCCCCGUGGAAAGUUCUGGGGGCUUCAGUGCUAGUUUCAAUUCAUCGGGAAGCAGUCCAGAUAGUACAAGUUCUGAUGGAUUACCUUGUAGCCCGAGAAACGUCAGUGGCAUACAAUUCGGAGCCGGUUUGGACUUCUUUGGAGGCGAAAACUUCGACGCAAGUGGUGACUCUGGCCUGGGGUCUGCGAGCUCAUUUUACACUGACGACGGAGUAUGCUUCAACUGGACCAAUAGACCCACGGACAUCAAACUAGAGCCUUUUAGCUCAUGCGAUUGUACGGAGGACGAUAUUUAUCGAUUCCGUUCGGAACUGCUCGAUGCCGCCUUGCCAGAGAAUGCGGCAUUGCACCCGUAUUCAGAUGGACUUUUGAAAGAUGACAGACUUUCUCUUGUAACCGUUUCUCAACCAGCCCCUGUUUUAGUAAAAGUCCCAUGCAGCACUUCGAACCCCACGUAUGCCCCGGUAUUACCCCAAAAUGCCUCUCAAUCUGUAACGUCACCGACCUCUCAAGCUUGCCACGUUAGUGGCAACGCUGCACCCAAGCGCCUAUGUCUAGUAUGCGGAGAUGUGGCAAGUGGAUAUCACUAUGGUGUUGCAUCUUGUGAAGCUUGUAAAGCGUUUUUCAAGCGAACUAUUCAAGGAAGUAUUGAUUACACAUGUCCGGCUGCCAGUGACUGUGAAAUCACCAAAAGAAGGCGAAAGUCGUGCCAAUCUUGUCGGUUUACCAAGUGCCUUCGAGUGGGAAUGCUCAGAGAAGGGGUUCGCCUGGAUCGUGUAAGAGGAGGAAGACAAAAAUAUAAACGAAAAACAGAAUCUGAUGGUCGAGAUGCGUCUUCGUUGUAUCCGAUUCACUAUGACGACAAACAACAUUUUCCUCAAGCCAGCAAAGUCAUCUCUAACCUCUUGCUUGCCGAACCAGACAAAUUAUUUGCAUCACAAAAUAACCAAGAUAUCUCUGACGCAAAAAGUGAGGACAAAAUUUUGAACACUCUCUGUGAUUUGGCGGACCGGGAAUUGGUGGUCAUUAUUGGAUGGGCGAAACAUAUUCCUGGAUUCACCGUUCUGUCGUUGGCGGAUCAAAUGGCACUCCUACAAUCGGCGUGGAUGGAAAUACUUAUGCUUGGGAUAGUAUUUAGAUCCUUGUCACACAAUGAAAAAAUCGUUUUUGCCGAGGAUUUUAUUUUGGAUAGCGAAAUGUGCCAGGCAUCUGGUAUGACGGAGUUCGCUCACUCAAUACUUCAAUUGCAAAGAAGAUUGAAGUCUGUGGGCGUCAGCAAAGCCGAAUUUGUCAUUAUGAAAGCCAUUGCUCUUGUUAAUUCCGAUUCACCACAUGUGGAAGAUCAAGUUGGACUUUCAAAACUCCAAGACACUUUGCAAGAUGCUUUGAACGAGCAAUGCUUACUCCACCAUCCAACUGAUGGAAAACGGUUUUCCAGGCUCAUCAUGUGUCUGCCAUUACUUCGCCAAACAUCUAUGAAGGCUGUAUCGUUUUUUCACGGAGUAAGACAACGCGGUGGCGUAGUAAUGAGAAAAUUAUUUCUUGAAAUGCUAGACGCCAAGAUGUAACAAAGUCUCUUAUAAAGAUAAUAUUUAUUUAUUAAAACUUCUCUAUUUAUUUUUGAGUAAGCGGUGAUGUGCUUGCCAAACUUUGAAACACGGCGGCAUCAGACUCUCGACUAUGCACAUAAUGUGGAGCGGACCAUUGAAGGAAACGUAGCAUGGCACUUAAAUCGAGAUUGAAUAAAGAGCGCGUUCGGUACAUGUUCGUUGAUCAUAUGUAUCAGUAGCUCAUUUCUGGCGUGAUCAGAUAAGACAUUCUGUAAUCUAUUUUUGAAGUUAGCUCGAUUCAAGGUCACGACGCCAUGCACUACUAUUCAUUAAAUCAUUUGAUACUCAGAUUUUGGAUGUUGCGCACUAUCACCUGUUGUGCAAACGGUUGAAAUGAACAGUAAUGAGAAUUCCGAAACCUUUCUCCAUUUUGACAUUAGAGUAUUUCCGAAACCGUGGCUGCUGUUGAGUUCUAGCUGCCUUUAUUAAGUAGAUGUCUCCAGCCUUCCUGAAAAUUGUCAUCCAAUAUUGGUAUCGUGCCCAAUUUUACAGCCGAUACCUUCCUGUUUUAUGUCUGCUAAAGCAAAAUAAUGUUGCUAAAUUAUCAAAUCUGGCUACUAUUUCCCUGGCAUUUUGCUUGAAUGGGGCUGUUUGACAAAAUCAAACAUGUAAUGAGAUUGAAUCUUCCACCCCGAACCGCUAAUUUCACGAGCUGCCAACAAAUUAUUUUAUUAUGAAUGCUGAUUUAUAUAUCUUUAAACCAUUAAUAGAAUAGGAUGUUGCUAUUUGCUACCUGUAUAUCUAUACAUAGAGCCCUUGUCUAUAUAUACUUAUAUAUAGCACAUGAAAUUCGAAGCAAUAGUAAUAUUCAGGCAAAACGUUUAGUAGCUUGCUAAAACCGGUCUUUUUCCUAAACAUACUGUUUUUUGGUUUUCUUUAGCUUUGUGCCAUAUUUUUUGUAUCAAAUUGUGUGAAUCUGUUGAUAAUUUAGGCUAUUUUAUAUUUUGUCGUAUCUCGAGGCACUGUACUGUAUAAUUAAUCGUAAUAUUAUGAUUAUAUUUCAUUUUCAUCUAACAAGGCGUCUACUUGUAUUACUGCCAUGACGUGUCAACUACAUAUGUGUGGUAUUACGUAUAUAAUAAUUCCCCACGAUUUUGUCACUUUGAUCGCCAUUAUCUUAUACCCCUAGCAAAAUUCUAGUAACUGUUGACUCCGAUUCAAAUUUAAUAUAAUUAACCCUACCGCCUUGGCGUUAGAGCACAAAUUUCCAUCAUAAUUUUUCCCAUCUAAGUUGUAAUGUCGCAAGUUUGAUAUUGCUACUAAGUUUGAUGCGUAAAUCGGAGUCCACGUGUGGGCCUAACAUUUGACAAGCAUUUACGCUCUGGUGCGGAUUUAAUUUGUAGGAUUUCUUCCAAGGUGUUGUUUAAUUUUCAUUUAUAAUGUUAAUUUUCACUUUUUUUUUUGCAUAUUUUGAUAUUGUAUAUAUCUAUAUUAUGUUCUAAUUCUUUACCUUUUUUUCUGCUCUGAAUUCAUAUUUCAUAAAAAAAUAACUUGAAAAAUUCUUCUGACAAACAUAGCGUACAAACUUUAGUUCAAAUUAAGCAUCCCUACUAUAUUACCACAUUGUGUGAGUUAUUCAUUAACAUUUCUCGGUAUUCGCCAUUUAUUUAUUUCAUUGCCAUCGUUGUCCUGGUUCUCGGAUUAUUGUUACGUCAUUAUACACCACACUGUGAAUACACAAUGAACGCAUUGUUCAAAAAAAAAAAAUCGGCCAAGUCAGUAAAAUUCAAUGGUAAUUCUAAGUAAAUCUAGCGAUAUGAUGAUCCCGAGUUCCACUUGUAAAAAAAUCCUUCUGGCACUUCGUCUCUUGUUUGUUUUUCUUAUUUACCUUCGCUUUUGAGAGUUUAUUGUAAUUAAUAUUUUUCUGAGAAUAUUAAGUUUUGAUCUUAAAUUUUUUUUAUUGUUUAUUAUUUUGAGUGAAAAUAAAUAUGAUCCAUAAUUCAAAAA